AUGGAUGAGAAUCUACCAAAAAAUAACCAAUAUAUGUAUGUGGAAGCAUUAACCAAAAGGAUAGAAUCUUUAUUGCCUAAUCGAACAGGUCAUUCUACUCAGGAAGUAGAACUUAAUCCACAAUAUCUUAUCACUAAAAGGAUUCUAUUGGAUAGUCACAAUAAUCAUCCACAAAUGAUAACAUAUAUCUUUACCGCAUUUGCAUCAGUUUUACUUAGAUUAGGUACUGAAUCAGAAUUUUCUAAAUUAAGAUUAAGAGAUGAAAAAUCAAGAGGAUCUACUUUAUUAACGUGUAAAUUAUUAUCAGAAAUUUUGAAAAGUGAUUGGAAUAGAGAAACAAGUAGUUUUGAUGACAAGGAUUUAUUAAGUAAUUAUUCAAAGUUUUAUUAUUAUGAUCAACCAAAAGCAUUAGAUUCAUCCAAAGUUGUAUUCUUAUUAGAUACAUUUGUCAAUUUAUUAAGUUCAGGAGUAGUUAAAAAAGUAUUGUCUCUAGUGCGGAACCAACAGUCAAUGACAACAAUGGCGAUUGCAAAGGAAGAACAAGAUAUACUAAGAGAAGAUCAACCAAUGACUGAUGAGGAACUUACCGCUGCAGUUGUGGCAGAAAUUGAUUCAUAUAUUGAAAUUAUAUUACGAUAUAUUGCUACCGCAAACCCAGAGGAUUAUUUUCAAUAUAUUGUGAGUAAAUUAUUCAAAUAUUCAAUGAAUGAUGAAACUAUACCAUUACCCAUGCUUCAGAAAUAUUGUCCGUUAGUCAAAUUCUUAUUUUAUUCAGAUUCAAAUGCUGAAAAGACCGCCGAGCAAAGUUUAAGUGCAAUUCCCUAUAUACGAUCAAACACUUGGAGACAAGUAUUUUUAUUCUUUUUAUCAAGUUCCAUUAAAGACCAAACAUUUUCACGUCCUCAAGAUUACCAAGGACUUAUAGACCCUGCAAAUACCCACUAUGUUAACGUUCUUAAGAAUUUAUUCGAUUCAACAUCUAUGGCAUUUGAUGAUAGUUUAGUUUCAGUUACUUGUGCUCCAUUUGUCCUAACUUGGUUCUUAAUCCUUUGUCUUGAUGAUUUCCAAGAAAUAAAUUCAUCAAGACCCAUUAAUAAAUUGAAACUCACAUUUAAUAAACGAAUGAAAUAUAUUAUGAUGAUAUUGAAAGACUCUGGAAGCGUUUCAAAUUUGGAAAGUUUCGAUGCAUUAAUAAAUAUAUUUCACUUGGGUACAAGACUUCAAGCACAUAAUUAUAUAGAGCAUCCUGUUUUCAUAUUCAGUAUCAAGUUUCUAGAUCAAACAUACAGGAAUUUAUUAACAUUCAGCGAAGUUCAUAGAGAUGAAUUCAUUACAAAUGAUGAAAUGGCAACAAGGUAUGAAUUUCUAAUGGUCAAUUUCUAUAUUGCAGGUAUACUAUUGCGUCCUGAAAGAUACUCAAAAAUUGUUAUUGAAAACUAUCAGCAAAAUUCUGAAGAUUUAAGAGAAGCAAAGAUAUUAGUUAAAGUAAUUAAAGGACUUUCGGAAAUUGAAACAGGACGGGAUGUUUUCAUAAAAAUAUUGGCAAAAAUGAAAUCUGAAUUAAAAUCAUUGAUUUAUGGCUCUCUUAAGAUGUUAAAUCAAUAUGAAUCGCAACAUAAUGAAUUCUUGCUGUCUCCAAUAUCACAAUCUGACGCAUCAUUAGUUUUAGACAUAGCAGAUCUACAAUUUGGCCAUGUGGCAAAUCAUGCUACAUUGCAUGCAUUUGAAGCCCAUCAAACUAGCUUGGAUCAUUAUACACAGGAAUUAAUGGACGACAAGGAUCAACACAACCACCACAACAAUAAUUCAAGUACCAAUACCACCAAUGGAAAUAAGAUGAUACCAUCUUCAUCAUCCAUGUCUACUCAUUCUACAUACAAAUUCAGAUUAAUUAAUGGGGCAGAAGAAUUAUUAUCAGACAUACUCAAUAUAUUCCAAGCGGCUCCAGAAUUAUAUUUCAAUGACCAAGAAUUGAUGAGUGAUGAAAAUCUCAAAACGAGCAAUGAAGAUGAAUUAAUCCAAUCUAUAGUUGAAUUUUGUCGAGAAGCCGUUAUACCCUUGCGCCAAGCUUUUAAAUCUAAAGCAUUUACAUCCUCAAGUACAAGAUUAUUUGAUUCAGCUCGUGAUUUAUCAUUAACAUUAGUUAAUUCAUCUACUAAGAUUGUUACCGAAUCUACCUCCUUAUCGAUAUUAGCUAAUUAUAAUCUUAUCAACUAUAUCAUCCAAUCAAUUUGUGAAACUUGUUUAGUGAUAAAUCUAUCGGAACCGAAAUUUAAGGCAUCAUUUAUAUUCUUGAAUGAAUUUCUUCACAAAAGAAAACAAUUUAAAGAAAUUGUGCACAGCAACCAAAUAGUAAUGCGAUAUAAGGCCAGACAACAGUAUAGUUCAAGUGGAGAUGUCCUACAUGCUGUAGAAAAAGUAUUAUUACUUGCAUUAUGCACGCACGAUAUCCAAUUUUAUAAUUAUGCAAAAGAGGGAAUUAGAUGGUAUGUGAAUGAAAUCAAGGACAAUGCCGAAAUUUAUAAGAAAGCAGGAUUAGAUGAGAAUUUGAUGGUAACAUUCAAAGAAUUAAUUGAAGAUGAUUCAGUUUUCACCGGAUUUAUAUCAUUACAUAAACGACAAAGAACCAUAUUGAGAAAUGCCAAUCCUACGAAAUCAAUGUAUCAAGUCUGGACAUUAAUUUAUUAUAGAUGGUUGAAAGUUUUGGAAUCACAAGCACAUAUGAGUGAAGAUAGUCUUGUUUUCAGGCAUUUUACUGGAUUCUUAGCAUCAACUUCAGGUAGUUUUAGUGCAGGUCCAUUUGGAGUCAAAUAUCCCGAUUUGGAAGCUAAAGCAUCAAAAUAUAUUUCCGACUUUUUCGAUAGGUGUAUUGGAUUAUUGAAUUCUCAAGAUUUAGUGAUUAGAGUGAUUGUUAAAGAUACGUUGUCAAAUGAAUCACAUUCAGAUGUUUAUCAAUUGAUUGCCACAAAGUUGAUGAAUAUGGCAAAUGAAUAUGCUGAGAAGCAAGUGGUUACAGAAGAAGGAAUUGUGUUUGUGGAACAAUCAAUGGUUAUUAUGACAGCUAUGAUUAGUGCUGGAAGCGAUGGUACAUUAAUAUUGGCAUCAUUAUUACCCAACAUUUGUCAAUUUUUUCUUAAGUUUAUUAAUAUGAUUGAUAAUCCAACUGAUAAAUUGAGAUUAAAAUUAAGAUUUUGUAAAUUAGGUACUACUUUGGAAGCAAAUCGUGAAGCUUGUGGUUUGUCAGGUGCUUAUAAAUUAAGAAACUUUUAUGCUAAAGCAAGUGUGGAAUGGUUAGAACAAGCAGUCUUUUAUGAAGAGCAAAAGGAGAAGGUGUAUAAUGAUACUGAUUCAAUGGGGACUGGUUCAAAGGAAUCUGAGACUGCCUAUCUUUCAAUGGAUUUAGCCGUUCAAUGUUCGAAAUGUUUACGAGGUCAAUUAGAAGAAUUAGUAUUGGAAAUUCCUGAAGGUGUUAGAGAUAAUGAAAUUAAUAAAUAUAAGGAUUUGGCAUUUAGCAGUUAUUUUUCAAUUUUUUUCAAAAUUAUCCAAAAACAAUCCAAGAUGAAUUUGUCAACCAACAAAUACAAACACAAAUUGAAUCAAAUUUCUGAUAAUAUUCUUGCAUGUAUCACCAAUUUAUUACAAUAUGAUGCAGAUAUUGGAAUGCAAUUUGUUUUACCGAUGGGAUAUCACGAGAAUGCUAAGGUCAGGUCGAUAUUUCUUAAUGUGUUUGCCAGUAUGUUAUCAACUAAAACAGUUCGUGGGAAUAAGGAAGAAUAUCCUGAUGAAUUAAUUGAACAUUUUACUAAUCAAACUGAUAUAUUUGGAGCAAUUGCGGAAUGUGCCUCUUCUUCAGAACAUAAUUUGUUGGCUUCAGCAUUAUUUGUGAUUUUCAGCCAUACUAAAAAAGUGGAUAAAUUAUUCAAAGUAUUAUUAUGUGAUGAAAUUUCAAAUCUCAACCGUCCAACUGAUCUAUUUAGAAGAAACUCAACGUUGACAAGAUUGUUAUUCAAUUUCACACAAGAUUAUGGAUUAGAAUAUUUGAAUCUAACUAUAAAACCUAUUAUUGAGGAGAUUGUGAAUGAUGAAAUUAUAUUCGAGGUUGAAAAGGUAAAUACUACUGAAACUACUGAUUUAUUUAUGGCUUAUUUCAUGAAAUUAAUCGAUCUGAUUGUUAACUCAGUUGAUUUACUACCAGAUUCUUUCAAGUUUGUAUGUGCAGAAAUCCAUGAUUCCAUAUGUUCUAAAUUCUCCGAGCCUGGGAUUGUUCCUGUUGGAUCAUUUAUAUUUUUAAGAUACAUUUGUCCAGCAAUUAUUAGUCCUGAACAAUUUUUUAAGAUUCCAGUCUCUCAUCCAAAAGUGAAAAGAUCAUUAAUGCAAUUAGUUAAAGUUUUACAGAAUAUGGCAAACGGUACUCUACCCAUAAUUAAAUGGCAAGCAUUAGCAUCCAAAAAUGGUGAAUUAAUUGAUGCAAAUAAGAAGAUUUUUGAAUUCUUGAAGAAAGUAUCAACUCUGAAGAUUGAAGCAUAUCCAUUUCCAAAUUGUCAUGAUAAUCCAGAUAAGCCAUUAGCGGAAUUAAGAUACUUGCAUAAAUUUGUUUAUGUUUAUUUUACGAAUAUUAGGGUUCAAUUUCUUUUAGCAAAGCUGGCUGUUAAUGUUAAAACUUUGCAUGAUAGGGUUAUAAAGUAUAAAGAAUUUGAUCAAAUCUGUAAAGAACUCGGACAACCUAAACCAAGUGUUCAAUUGCAGCUUAAUAGUUCUUUGAAAUUGUUCGAUCCAAAUUCUAGUGGAAAUAUGAAUAUCACUUUCAAUGACUUUAUGACCAAGAUGUCAUUAAAGUAUACAGAUACUCCACCUGAUGCAAUUGAUGUUAUACAUAGUUCUAUUUUUAAAGAUGGUACUCCCGUGGUUGUUGUCAACUUGAAGAAGAUGAAGAAGAGACCUAAUGAUGUUAAUUAUUUGGUUUAUAAAUUGUUUGAGACUGCCUCUCAAGUUUGGGACAAUAAAUUUUACCUUGUGUUUGACUUUACCGAAUUUGUAUACAAUAGUAGGAGGAUUCCAGAAUAUGUGGAUGUCUUAAGAACCUAUUCAGCUGAGCAAAUGUUUAGAAAUUGUGAACGAGUUUAUUACUUCAACAUUCCAAGAAGUGAAUACGUUGCAAUCUCGCAAGCUGUUCACACUCUCAGAGGUUUAACCACUCAAUAUGGUACAAAAAUUUAUAUGUAUUCCCAAUUUGAUUCUGAUGAAAUUAUUAAUAGUUUAUGUUUGGAUAGAGAAACAGUUGCAAUCAGUCGUGAUAAUAAGGUUAUUUUUAGAAAUAUUUUGUUAUAUGAACCAAGUACUAAGAAGUAUACUCCAGUUAGUCUUAAAAUCGGUAGGAAAUUCCUUCAGGUAUGUUUUGUUGAUCGAGUGUCAUUUGAAUGUGAUUAUUGUGUUACUGGUGGUUUCACUCCAGUGGAAAUUUUUAGAUUAUCUGACUUUGUUAAGUGUGAGGUUUCUGAUUUUACUGAGCAUGAUGAUGAAUUUACUAUAUUUUUAAACUAUGGACAUCUGGCUACAUUUAGAUCGAAGGAUAGAUUAGAGAUUUUAAGAUUCUUAUAUUUUACAACAUCAAGAUUACCACGUGAGACUCCAGAUAUGGCGGAGAAGGAUUAUCAGAAUGAAAGGCACGUAAUGCAUUGGUUUGGUAGAUUAUACAAUAUUGUUUUCCAAGGGUUGUUAAGUACUGAUGAAGAUGUGAAACAUGCUGCUGCUUUAUUAUUUGGUGCGUUGUCAUCAUACUUUGAUAUUGACUUUGGUAUUAAAGAGCAUCAUGCAAAGAGUGUAUCGUUCCCGGCAAAUUCAACUGAUUUUGUUGUGUCAGUUUCGGAACAUUUAGCCAGUAAUUUCCCGCAAUUGUCAUACAGAUUCUUCAAAUCAUUUUUCGAUAACUAUGAAAAGAUGCCAACUGAAAACAAGUUAACUUCCAUUCUUUAUGUUUCUCCAUGGAUUGAAAAUAUUUAUGACCAUGUGUACCUACUGAAUGACGAGAAUGGUCCAGAAAGAGUUGCAGAUUUAGUUCGUCAAUUUUGUCGUCUUUCUGCUAAGAACAAGGAUCACAUUGCCUUUAUCAAUGAUUAUAUUUGGAAGAAAUUAUUUUUGGAAACAAGAUUAAUGCUGGUUUUAGUGGAUGAAGUUGUUGCAUUUGCAAUUGAUAGUAAGAAUGAAGGUCCUGAUUGGUCUUUUAUAAUUGCUGUUAUUUGUCCUUCAAUUGAAGUAUGUGGUGAAGUUAUAUCUAGAUUAAUUGCAUGUAUUAAUAGAGCCACUACCACAGAUUCUCCUAUUGCGUCUCAAUCUAAAUUAUUUGAAAUGAAGGUGUUGGUUAAGAUUUGUUCAUCAUUGUUUUUCAAUUCAUAUAUUUUGGCAAGGUUAUAUUUGGCAGAUUUAAUUUUCUUUGUUACAUUGUUUAUUGACAAUGCUCAUUUGGAUGUCGGUGGUGAUUUACAAAAGUUAAUUAUUGGUCUAAUUCAAUCAUUUUUGCAUAAACCAGAUUUGUCAGAUAGUGAACAAAAGAUUGUUGAUGAAACUAUUGAAUAUUUCAGUACUCCUCGUGCAAAGAUGUUAUUUGGAAUGACGAGAGAUAGCUCUUCUGGUUUGGAUGUUAGUCAAACUUUCAAUCGUCUUAGCAACUUUGAAGUUUUAUGUGAUUAUUUGAAUGGUUUCAUUUCAGCCGUGAGUACUUCUGAUGAUAAGACAAACUGGAAGUCAAGAUGGUGUUCCAAUGCUAUUGACGUUGCAUUUAGCAAAGAUUCAUUAUUUCAAGAUCGAGCAAUUUUGAUUGUUGGUAUUUUAUCCAAGAAUGGUAUUAGUGAUUCAACUGCUUGUAGAAGUUUGAAGUUAGUAUCGGAUGGUGAAUUGCAUACUUUGGAUUUUGUUGUGUGCAUUAGUGUUGCUACUGCAAGAAUCUUAAAAGGGUUACCAGAUACAUCUAUUUUACCACCUGUGUUGAUUUGGCCACAAUUUUGUUUUGCAUUAAUGAAUCAUUCAGUUCUUUAUCAAGCGGCAGUACAGAAUAUUGUCACUUCAGUUGUUAAGAUCAUCAGAGUUGGAAAAAAUUAUAUUGACAAUGCAUUUCGUCAAAGGGGUCUUUUGGAGCCAUAUCUUUCACAGUUUGAAAAAAGACACGGUUAUGAAAUUACGCAAAAGAAUUUUGGGGUUCAUAUCUUCCUCAUGUUAACUCAAGGGUUAAGAUUUUCACAAUUCAAACAACUAUCAUUAAAUUGUAUUAAGGAAUACUUUGCAACUAGAUAUCAUUAUCGAGAAAGAACUGAAAUGAGUGGGAAGUACAUUUCUAACAAUGCCUAUGCAUAUUUGGUAUUUACCUUUUUGUUUACCGACAGCCAAGAUUUUGCUGAGUAUAUUGAUGAGGUUGGUCUUGAUAGUGAAUUCGUUUCAAUUUCAGAUACUCAAAAGCUACCAAGAGUAAUCCUUGAUUUCCUUUUAGAAGAUUCAGAAGCAUCCAAGGCUACUUUAAUAUGUGCUGGAUACUUUUUCAAUGACACUACAAGUGAUAGUGGGUUCAAGGGCAGAUUUGUACAGAUAUACAAUUAUUUGUUCAAAAUCAAUCGUGAUAUUGGGUUUUUGAUAUACGAUAUUAUGAGACCAACUUUAACUCAAGAUUUAAUCACUACUAAUUCAUUGGAAGUUGUUGAAACUAUUUCGAAUAUCAUUACUGAGGUUUCUUUAAGUGAGGAUUAUGAGCCGGAAAAGUAUAAGAAAGAAGUUGAUGAUUUAUUAAUUAGAAACAAAAUUACAAUUAUGCAGCAAUUAAGAAAUAUGAAGCAACCAGAUCAAAUACUUGGUGGCAAUGGGAAGUUCACUCCAGAAUUUGACGUUGAUAUCAAAAACAUUCAAGUUAUGGUUUAUAGAUCAGCAUGUAUUUAUAUUGAAGGGUUGAGAUUAGAGGACUAA